UGAUCUGCUCGCAACCUGCUUGAGCGAGUCGAAUCGCCGAGCAGUCAGGAUGAGUUUCAGGUUCUUCGGCGACGUUCGCGCGAAUUCCAGCGCUGUGCCUUGCCGAUGCCUGACGAUGCUCCGGUCACUAAGAUCGUCUGCCGUCAAGGCGUUUGCCCAUCGCGGUGGCCAUCGUCCGUCUCGUGUAGGUGCGGUGGACGAUCUGAGCGAGUGAUGCUGGGCUAGAGCUAGAAAGCGAGGGCCCGGCUGUUACUUAGAGCGAUCGAUCGGGAGUCAAGGGCGCCUAGGUUUCUGAUAAAUGUUCGCAGACGCAGCAUGGAUGUAGGCAGAGUGUAAAUUGGCCCCUUUUCCCUUUCCUUUCUUCUUCUCGUCCUCUGUACCUCGUCGUCGUCGUCGUUGUUUAUAUCGAGAGCUGCGAUGCGACUUUCUCCCCGCAGUUUUCCCUCUUUGCCGGAUUAGUCAGCCGGCUUAGGGCUUAGCGCCGAUAUUAGCCAUGGUCAUGUGACGUCACUAAAAAAUAACACGGAAAAAGGAGGAAAAGGAGAAAUAUCUAGAGAGAUGCCAUGCUAUCUGCAGAUAGAGAGGCCCCUACGUUUGUACAGAGAUGCUUGGGAUAAUACCUCGUGCUUUUAUAGGCAAGACAUUCUCUAGAAAGAUAGGGAAACUAAGAUAUCCAGCUUUCUUGUAACUCUCUACUGCAGAGUUGUUGCUUUAGGACACACUGCUGUCUAAUAUGUACACCCUGUUCUGUCUUUAUACCUUCUUAUCAGCCUCCUAUCACUCUAUGCUUGAUACAAAAGAUAGUUAGUGAAGGUAUAUUCUGGAUUAAUCAAGACAUAGCAGAUAUGCGAAGAGCUUGCUUCUCUCUUGUAUUUUAGCCACAUAGAAGGAUAGCUGUGAAUAUCCAAAGAAGAAGAAGCUCUCUUUUCCAGCCUUGCUACUCUUAUAUCACUAUACCCACAGUAUUGCUUCCUGAUAAUGCAGACAGAGUUUGGUUCUAUAAGAUAUACUGUUGUAUUAAGGGUAUAUCUAUUAUAUGCCAACAUCUUUAACUGGCUGCUCGCUAAUGUCGUUAUGCCUACCUUCUUUACUAGUAAUAGGACGCCGAGCAUGCUCAUUCGCUCAGAUAGAGCCAGAAGUCUACAAAAGGGCCUUCACGAUGUUGUCUUAGUCCUGCCCUAAAAGAGGGAGUCAGGGAGGGCAAGGGCACACGCAACAGGAUGGCCCUUUGCUCUUCUUCUCAUCCUCCCUCUCUUCUCCCUCCUCUCUUUCCUGUCAUCACCAUCAUCUCACAUAUUAAAGACAUCCUCAAGCUUCUCCAGCUGUUUAAUUCAAGUCGUCUUUCAAGCUCACCACUUUUCAUUGUAUCGACCGUGCCGUAUACACUCCAGACUAUUCAACCUUUGACUCGACUGAUAUCCCGGCUGCUCGAGUCAUCUCCCUUUGAAGCAUCCUACAGUACGACAGACAGCAAACAGACUGCCUGUCAAAUUUGGGACUCGUCACCGCAGAGACUCCUUGUUCAGCUCAGACUCCGUGGUCGGAUUCACAGACUGCUAGCCAGUUAUGGCCCACGAAAACCAUAUAGACUGGCGGCCCUUGACCCAGAAAGUCCUCGAGAAAUGGGCACUCGCAUCCGGUCCAGAACUCCCUGAGCCUCGUCACUGCACGAUCAGCUCUCCAUCACGCUUGAGAGAGUCCGGCCCGUAUGCCGUGGCGUACUUCUACCUCGUCACUGCAGCAGAGCCUGGUCCCUGGUAUGUGAUUGAGAGUGCGUUGUGGGACACGGAGAAGAACUUCAAGCUUCGUGAAGCUACCUUCAUCGUCCCUUGCCGUGAUCCUCCUUCUGCCAGCCAUCCGUUUGUCUGCGAAUGGGACAAUGGCUUGCAUGUCUAUAUCGUUCGUCAUCUCAAGGGGGCUAAAAAUCUCACUGUUGUCAAAGAGGCUACGAAGAAGAAUAGUAAGAAGAAACCAAGAAAAUCACCCAAGAAGAAGCCUCAGAAGAUGGAGGAUGACUAUCCUAGCGGUAUGGAAUCGUACGAUGGUACCUCGGAUGAGCCAGAGGGCAGCUCUCGUCAUACUACCAACGGGCAACAAGAUUCCAUUGGUGACGUACUCGACACUCAGCCUCGGGCGUCUCCCCACGAUGGCUCUCCUGCUGAUGAGAAGCCAUCUGAUUCUGAAAAGAUGGCUGCUUCAAAUGAGGAGGAGUCUUCGUCUUCUUCCCCUGAGUCUGAUGCCUGCGACGAAGAUACGCCUGCGUCAAGUCAGUCACACGAUAACAUCGGAAAUAGCUCUUCAGAGAAGCCCAUGGACACUGAUGACUUCGACACUGAUGACUUCGACACUGAUGAGAUCGACACCGAGGUCCCCAGCUUCUUCAAAUACUCCGAGUCUGACGAGGAAGAAGAUAUUCAAGGGUAUAACGCGGCAGAUUAUGAAUGCUGCCGGCAAGACACCGAGCUUUCUGAAGAAGCCCUUGACGAGAUUUACUCUCGAGACCAGGCACAGGACGAGAAAACCGCGGUCAAGCGUGGUAAGAAACGGCCGGUUCUCGAUUCAACUGACUCGGAUUCUUAUUAUGUAGAGCCAUGGCUGCCGUUCAACGGGUUGCUGAAUCCUCACUGGAGAUGCUGGUCGAGAAAGGACUUCAAGAAUGGAAUGUGUGAGAGGGGUGUUCCCAAGAGGAUAAGAAUCCGCCCUACGCCCAUGUCGCCGCUCUCGCAGUGUGUGCUGGCUAGUGAGAUUUAG